CAGGCGGAGGAUCGCAUGUGUAUGGGAUGUUCGUUUACCUACACACAGUACCCCGCCCCGGGGAAGGGGGAGUAACUUUCCGCCCCUCCCUCUCUUACUGAGAACAGGCUAGGGGGAAUCCCACACAGUCCACCCACCUAUACUCUCGACUUCCCUCGCUCCUCCCCCUCGGAUAAACUCUGUGACAAACAGCCCGGGAAGUGGAAGCUGGUGGACUCGGGACAAGUCAUCACAACAGGGAACACGCAGCUCAGGGAGACUGGAAACUUGCAUCACUGUGAUAGCCUAAGCCUGGGCUGAUCAGUGGAAUAACUUUUUAUUAUCCGUGUAGGGCACAAUUCAAGUAACCGACUUCAUCCACAAGUGUGUGGCACUUGUAUCGUGCACCUGGACGAAACCCUAGUGAUUACCUGAGCCCAGUGUGAGGUUUUGUUUUCCAGCGCACAGGUGUCCUAUCCGCAGCGAUAUAAAGUUGCAGCCGUGCCAUGCCAGGGGGCAGCCUCUUGCCAUUCAGCAGCGCCCCGCUGGGGUCGGUCGGAGGAGGAGCAGGCGGCUCCCCUGGAGGCGGGGUGUCGGGCUCCGGGUUGCUACUGCUGGGUCCCGCGGGGAGGAAGCUGUCCGGGUUUCGGCUAACGGAGAAGUUCGUGCUACUCCUGGUGUUUAGCGGCUUUAUCACUCUUUGCUUUGGGGCAAUAUUUUUCCUGCCUGACUCCCCUAAACUGCUGAGCGGAGUGUUUUUCCAGCAGCCUCCUCCACCACCUUCACAUAGGGCACAGAUCGGGCUGGACGAGGAUAUGUUUGUGGACGGGGGGCGCCUAGCGCGUAUUAGGGAAGAGCAUGAGAGAGCUCUGCGGGAGGCGAAGGACACCCUGAACCGGCCUGUGGAGGACAUUCAGGGGGACAUUCUCAGGGAUAAGGAACGAAUGGCACAAGGCAGGGUCACUGCCGGUGGGAAGAAGCUUCCUAGUCGGACUUUUACGCAGCCAAUUGGUGUGGUUGGCAAAGAGCCACAGGACCCUGCAGUGAAGGAAAAAAGGGACAAAAUCAAGGAGAUGAUGCAAUUUUCCUGGGAUAAUUAUAAACGUUAUGCAUGGGGAUUAAAUGAGCUGAAGCCUAUACAGAAACAAGGCCAUUCAAGUAAUUUGUUUGGUAAUAUCCAAGGAGCAACUAUAGUGGAUGCCCUUGACACAUUGUUCAUCAUGGAAAUGAAGGAUGAAUUUAAAGAAGCAAAGGAGUGGGUGGAGAAAAACUUGGAGUUUAAUGUGAAUGCUGAAGUCUCUGUCUUUGAAGUAAAUAUACGUUUUGUUGGUGGCCUUUUAUCUGCAUACUACCUCUCUGGAGAUGAGAUCUUUAGAAGAAAAGCAGUUGAACUUGGUGAGAAGCUUUUGCCUGCUUUCAAUACUCCUACUGGAAUUCCAUGGGCAUUGCUAAACAUAAAGAGUGGCAUUGGUCGCAACUGGCCAUGGGCAUCAGGAGGAAGCAGUAUCCUGGCUGAAUUUGGAACUCUGCAUUUGGAGUUUAUCCAUUUAAGUCAAGUAUCUGGGAAUCCAGUUUUUGCUGAAAAGGUCACGAACAUUCGAAAAGUGUUGAACAGACUGGAUAAACCACAAGGUCUAUACCCAAACUAUUUAAAUCCAAGCAGUGGUCAGUGGGGUCAACAUCACGUCUCUGUCGGAGGACUUGGGGAUAGUUUUUAUGAAUAUUUGCUAAAGGCCUGGUUAAUGUCAGACAAGACCGACCAUGAGGCAAAGAAGAUGUAUUAUGAAGCUGUUCAGGCCAUAGAGACUCAUUUGAUUCGGAAAUCUAGCAGCGGCUUGACUUACAUUGCUGAAUGGAAAGGAGGCCUACUAGAGCACAAAAUGGGACAUUUGACUUGUUUUGCCGGGGGAAUGUUUGCACUUGGAGCUGAUGGCGCGCCUACUGAUAAAACUGGACAUCAUACAGAGCUUGCAGCUGAAAUUGCACGCACUUGCCAUGAAUCUUAUGAUCGCACAACUAUGAAAUUGGGACCAGAAGCCUUUAGGUUUGAUGGAGGUGUUGAAGCAAUAGCAACAAGACAAAAUGAAAAGUACUAUAUCCUGCGACCAGAGGUUAUUGAAACAUACAUGUAUAUGUGGAGAUUCACACAUGACCCAAAAUACAGACAGUGGGGCUGGGAAGCAGUACAGGCGCUGGAAAAGUACUGCAGAGUGGAAGGAGGCUAUUCUGGUGUUAGAGAUGUUUACGCCGCUCAUCCCAGUCAUGAUGAUGUACAGCAAAGUUUUUACCUUGCGGAAACACUCAAGUAUUUGUACUUGCUAUUUUCGGAUGAUGACCUCCUCCCAUUGGAGCAUUGGAUAUUCAACACUGAGGCACAUCCUUUGCCCAUCGUACACAAAGGGGAUAGAACGACAGAGGGAAGAUCCAUAUGAAACUCCGCUCAUAAACUGUGUUCAUGGUGUUAAUUCGUUGCAUUCCCCCAACUCUCUGUUUUACAAGAUAAUGGAGCAGAGCAUCAUUCUUCAUUUUUGUUCGUUCGUUUUUUUCUGAAGUUACACACAAGCUGUUUUGCAGUCUGUUUAGUUUGUAGAUAUUUCUUGUUGAUUCUAGAGCCAUUCCAUUUCAUAUCUUAUAUAGAUGACUGUGAAUAAGAAGCACUUUUAUUUUUCCCCAUAGACAUUUACAUUUGAUUAGGCUGAAAUCACUUUUUUGCCAUAUAGAAUAGGUUAGUGUGCAUCAUUUUAUGGUUUAAAAAUCUUUCCUUUUCAUUUGACUGCAAAGAUUCUCCCUCCUCUGUGAGGAGAUUGUCUGCUUUAUGCUGUAAUAUUUUGCCAUGUUGCAAAAAGCCAUAAUGAAUAGUAUGAAAGAACUUUUUCUUUUCUUCUAGUUGUACGUGAAUCAGAUUUGUCUGAAACUCAUUUACAACAAAUCGUGUUACUGUGACAUCCUUUUCUUAAUGCGGGUUUUCUUUAAAAACUUUGUAGAGAUAUGACCGAAAGUGUUUCAUUAAUGAGACAGUGGUUUUCUGCAGGCAUUUCCCAAAUAAAUCUUACAAAUCUGUUGUGAGAAAACACCUAAUCCGUUCAACAAAAUCUGACUUAAAUAUAAAUGUCUACUGCCAUUUAACUAUGGUUUACUAGUCAGGGGUAAAAAACUACUAGCCCAGAGGGGAAAAGUUAGUAGUCCACUCAAUGUUAUAGAUAGGAAAAAAGUCAAAUUUCUAAGUCGUCCACUGGAAAUAUAUAUAUAUAUAUAUAUAUAUAUAUAUAUAUAUAUAUAUAUAUAUAUAUAUAUAUAUAUAUAUAUAUAUAUAUUUACCCUAUCCUUAGACAAUCUAAUUUGUGCAGAAUCAGAUAAUUUUUAAAUGUUUAUUUUCAUGAGAUGAUUUAUGUUGUUUAAAAUUUUCUUAGUUCUAUUAUGAUCCUAUAGCUGUUAAGAGAGUAUCUCUUUCCAAUUAUUAAAAACAAGAUCUGAUAUAUGUAUAUUUUUUGUAAUGUGACUUUAGUCUACUUUGAGACCAAAAUUAGUGGGAUCAAUUCUCAGUACUUUUAAAAAUUCCUUUAUAUUUUUUUCCUGUAAAUAUACCAAGGGCGAUUACUGAAAAAAUAUGAACUAAAAUAUGAAAUACUUUAUAGCCAGUAGUAACUAUAUCUAAAGUCUCUUGUAAAUAUCCUUUUUAAAGAAGAUCAUUUCUAUAGUAUAAAAUUUUAAAAAGUGACGUUUUAUUUAGUAAUACAGUGUGUAAUCCAUGCUUGAGAAGCGUCAGUGGGCUCCAUUUUAAUUACCCAUGACCUCUGUCUCUAGCGGGAGAAACCUCUCAGAUUCCUUAUCUUAUUCUUUGAAGUCUGUUAACCAAAAUGUAGAGAGAGAUUACACUAUGUGAUGAAAAGAGGAUUUAAUACAGUAGUUUCUAUCACUAUAUAAAGCACAUAAUUUGUCAUCAGAAAGUCAUUCUGGCUAAAUAAAAUGUAUUUACUAUCUUUUAUAUUACAUUGCAAACUCAGCAAACACAAAGUACAAUAAGACAGCAAUUUCCAUCCAUAUUGGCAGAUUUAUAAAAAUGAUCUCUUAAUAUUGUUAUAGAAGCAUUUACCUCAGGAGCCAUAGCAUUGGGCACAUUAAUAGAACAGAAGAUACUUUUGUAUUUCUAGAAAUGGUCCUUUCAUUUUCAAAUCCUUUUCUGGGGAGUAAAAAUUCUUUAGUUUAACCUGAAAUUACACUUAGCUCUGUAAACAUAGAUUACAUUUUCAAAUGUUGCAACACAUCUAAGAUGUUGUUAAUGUAAACAUAUAAUUUCACUAUGUAGGUCUAAAGGCCUUCUCUAAACUUGUCUAUGUAGUCAUAUUAAAGGGACACUAAACCCAAAUUUUUUAUGAUUCAGAUAGAGCAUGCAAUUUUAAGCAUCUUUCUAAUUUAAUCCUAUUAUCAAUUUUUCUUUGUUCUCUUGAUAUCUUUAUUUAAAAAGCAGGAAUGUAAAUCUUAAUUGCCUGCCUGUUUUUGGUUUAUAACCUGGGUUAUGCUUGCUUAUUUGUUUGCUAAAUGUAGCCACCAAUAAGCAAGCUCUUUCCAUGGUGCUGAACCUAAAAUGGGCCUGCUCCUUAGCUUAAUAUUCCUGCUUUUUAAAUAAAGAUACCAAAAGAACAAAGAAAAACUGACAAUAACGGUAAAUUAGAAAGUUGCUUAAAAUUGUAUGCUCUAUCUGAAUCAUGAAAAAAAAUGGGGUUUAGUGUCCCUAUAAUGGUGGUAAAACACACGCGCACACUUUCCCCCUCUAGUUCUGUUUUACUGCAGCACAUCUGUACAUUUGUCUGUUCUGUGGUAUCUGUGUAUCGGCAGCCAUUUGUCUAGACUGUAUGUUUACUGUAACAUUCAAUAUUAUUAUUUUUUACACUGAAGCCACUGUCAAUAUAUAUUUUGUCAUGUAAGAGUUUAAAGCAAUAUACUAAAAAUGUUGAAUCAUUAAUUAGAUUAAAUGGCUAUGCCUUAUUUUCUUAAUUUCCCCAUUUUCUAAAAAGCUGGUAUUUAGACAUGCACAAUACAUUAGAAAUAUAUUAAGAAGAGGAAAAAACACUGCAAGAAGACUUAAUGGGACCAUAUGUUUAAUUUAAAAGGUAGAUGACCUUGUUUUAAAAAAAAAAAAGUAAUUAAAAGUUCACUGUGUCAAUCGAUUAUUUUCAGUUACUGUACUAAGGCUGGAGCAAGAGGAUUUUAGUUUAUAUUGGUCUUAUUUAUGCAAUAAUAUAUUCAGAGGGACUAAUUAGUCAAUAGUAAAUAUUUCUUAAUAAUACUUUAUAAUUUAGUGUUUCUACAAAUUUGUAUUAGCAACACAACUUAAAGGGACAUGAAACACAAUUAUUUAUUUUAUGAUGUAGAUUGAGAAUACAAUUUUAAACAACAUUCCAAUUUACUUAUAUUAUCUAAUUUGCGUAAUUCUUUAGAUAUCCUUUGUUGAAGAAAUUGUAAUGCACAUGUGAGCCAAUCCCACGAGGCAUCUGUGCACCAGCCAAUCGGCAGCUACUGAGCCUAUUUAUAUAUGCUUUUCAACAAAGGAUAUCAAGGGAAUAAAGUAAAUUAGAUAAUAGAAGUAAAUUGGAAAGUUGUUUAAAAUUGCAUUCUCUAUCUUAAUCGUGGGGAAAAAAAUGGUUUCAUGUCCCUUUAAUGUAAUGUAACAUUUAUUUACAAUUUAAUGAUCCAUUAGAUCUGUAAUCAAAAUUCUUUUUUUUUUACUGAGCCACUAUUUCUUUUUGAUGCUGUGUCUUCUUGUACAAUAUGUUUGUUUCUUGAUAGCCCAUUGAUUACUACUAAUACUCAUGCCCCAUCAGAUUGGUGCUGUAUUAUCAAUGCGGAAUGUUAAAUAAAGAUUCUCUGUUUUUGCAUUGAAAAUGUAUAAAUAUCUCCAGAAACCUACAUAACAUGUUUCCUAUAAAUAAAUAUUUUUUUUUAAUUGAAGUAAAGAUAAAAAUAAAUGUACAUUCCAAUAUGUGAACUAUUUUAUGUAUAGUAAACAAUGAAAUGAACCUUUGGAACUGGUUAUACUAUGUAUAAAUGACCUCCUUAUUGCAUGGUACAAUAUAUUUAGGAAAUGGUGGCAACCAAAGUAGGUUUUCCAUUUGUGUAAAGAUCUUUCUGUGCCACUUUCAUAGAACUAUAUUAGUAGUGGUGUGUGUGUGUCCUUUGACCACUAGAGUGUAGAGAAUAGUCUCCAAGAAGCUUGAGGGAGAGGGAACCUUCUCCCCUACAGUUACUGUUCUCCUCUCUUCUUAGAUAUGUUCUUCUUUUUACCUAUUUAGAGUUAAGUAGGUCGAGCUCUGGGCGGUUUCUUACUUUGCACAUGUUAAGAAGGUUUUACUCUUCUCAAUACAUCCAGCUUUCCCUGAUCAUAAUCAGGACCCAACCUGUGGCCUUGCAAAACAAGUGGUUCCAACGUGCCUUGUAAACUUAAUAAGGUUAUCGCUAGUUUUAAAGCAUUUAUACUCUGCUAUAAACCAGUUGUUCGUAUUUUGACUGCCAGGACCUGCAAGUAAGAAAUUGUGAGGUGGGUCACGCCAUACAAAUUAUGUCAUUUUUCUGGGGUUUCCCAACAUCAGGUUCUUUUACAACAGUGUAUUUGCAGGUGAAUGCGUCAAAUUCCAGGCUCCCUGUGCUCCUUUUUGCUGUGUAUCCUAUGUAUGCUACAGUUAAGUGCACUUUAGUCUCUACUAAGUUGCUUAGUAUCUCUUAUAAUAUGUUUCUUAUGUUACUGGCAUAUGUGCACUAACAGGCUCCCAGUUAUGUGUCUAGUAGAACCCUCAUAGAACAUAAUUAUAAAUACAAGCAUUUCUUU